AUGGCAGAGAAACAGAGCUAUGGUGUUGACGUAGCCGCAAAAUACCGACCAGAGAACGCACGCGACGCGGAUCGACAAGAAGAUACGGAUGGUCCCCCCGAAGAACACCGGCCGAACCGAAACUUCAGCAAAAAGUCAUUCUUUUCCUGGUUCGACAGAAACGAUGGACCCUUGGAGCGAAGAGUGAUACUGAAGCUUGACUUUCUCAUUUUGACAUAUGCUUUCGUGGGCUUCUGGAUUUUGUACAUCGACAGAGGAAUCCUGACCAAUGCGUACAUCAGUGGCAUGCGAGAAGAUCUCGAGCUCUUGGGCAAUGAAUUGGUGCAAUUGGGGUCCAUCUUCAGCGUGGGGUACUGUGUAUCUAUGAUACCAGCAACGCUCCUGGUCACUAAGUAUCCUGCUCAAUAUGUAAUUCCGACUUCGAUGACGAUUUGGGGGAUAUUUACAUUGUUGUGCUACCGUGCAAACAGCUUCGCAGAGCUGGCAGGCUAUCGCUUCUUAGUUGGUCUUCUUGAAGGACCUUACUUCUGCUCGAUACAUUAUGUUCUCGGAAGCUGGUAUCGAGGCGACGAGCUUAUGCGCCGAGCUGGAAUAUUCUACGUCUCAAGCGGCGUCGGCACGAUGACAACCGGCCUUCUUGCUUCUCGUGUCUAUCAAUCCUUAGAUGGCGCUCUGGACCUUCCGGGGUGGAGAUGGAAGUACAUUGUUGCGUCGAUCAUGACUUUCCCGAUUGCCGCAUGGGGGGCAAUUACCUUCCCAGGUACACCAAAACAUGGGAAAAGAUGGUACUUCACAGACGAAGAGUUUGCCUUGGCGAAAAAAAGAAUGAUUCUUGAAGGUCGAUUCGAUCCUGAGGGACUGAGCUUAUCUUGGCUUUCCGUCAAAAGAUUCCUCGGCAGAUGGCACUUUUGGGUGCUCGUCCCUUGGAAUGUGAUGUGGCUGAUGGGGUACGAGAGUAUGGUCACAGGCAAUCAGUCCAAGCAUUGGGAUCUUAUUCAUUCUCGGGUUCUCAUGGACAAUUGA